AGGAAGUGUGCCAGUCAGGUGAUAUUCUCAUGCCCGACUAUAACGUUUUCGCUUUUGCAGCUCGUGAGGUUAUAUUGCAACAACCCCUUUCAUUCUGUCAUAGAAGAGGAUCUGUCCAUUCUCACUGUUGGCUUAACUUUGACAUUUGGAAUUUAAUCCACGGACGGUCCUUUUUGUGGGACAAUCAGCUCCAUCGUUCUUUGCUUUUAUUGCCUGCUUGAGGUUGUGUCGCCUCUCCCUGUCAUUUUGAAGUCAUGUCUCAGAAGCUGACUCCUGACAGCGCUCAAAAGGGCUUCGCCGUAGGCCGAGGUCUCUUGGCCGCUGCAGAGACUCUUAACUUUAGCAUGAACGAGUCUCGGCCUGAUCCCUAUGGCUCCUCCUCCCAGCAGCAUGGAGGUAUGGGUGGAGUAGACAGCCAAGAUUCCCAGCUGGCCCCCCGUCGUGUAGGCAACCCUCUCAGCAAUACCAUGAAGCUUUUUGCCAGCCUCGGUCUCUCUCCCGAUGACUUGGACGCGCUGGCUCAGGUGCCCGAAGAGAACAUCAGUGUAGAAACACUACCACAUCUUAUUAUGCAGCUAAAGAACCGAAAGACAGAGACUGGUCGACAUCUAAGCAGUGACCUGCUAUCUCAGUCCCUCUCCCCAGACCCCUCAUACAGGGGAGGUCGAGACGACUGGGGGGAUGUGCAGGGAGGACGACUGGACCGUUCCGCAGCUUCCACGAGCCAGAGCCGCACUUCUCAGUCUGAUUUUGGCUACAGUUCGUCUCAAGAUUUAUCCGCUCGCAGCUACGAUUUGCUCGAUUAUGGGAGCGCCGGCGGCAGUCGAGAUCGUCAGUAUUCCGAGCUUCCCACUGACCGCUAUCGUGGCUUAGGCACAACCUCAUCUUCAGCAUCUGAUGAUCUUUUUAUGCAGCGGCGGAUGGGAUCGCCAUCUCAGGGCAAAGUUCAGGAUUUCUUGGGUGUCACGCCACACAUGUUUCCCCAUGUGUGCUCCCUUUGUGAUUUUGAUGUGCAUUCCUCCAUGGAAUGGACUCAGCACACAACUGGGAUGCGGCAUGCAGAAAACCGGAGGGUCCUCUUGCAAAUGUAUCCAGAUUGGGACCCUCAGAUGCCCUCUGGCCGAAUGUCCGAUUCUCUCUCGCUAAGCUCAAAAAGCCGAUCAGAUGGUCUUCUGGGAGCUGCUCCAUCUUCUCUGAGGCAGCGAACAAGCAUGAGUUCAAGCUGGGGAUCUACUUCAAGCAUGAGUAUGUCAAGCAAAUCAUCAUAUUCUGUGACUCCAAAGAUCAGAAGCAGGGUAGUGGUGGUGAAAUAUGACGAGAAGCCCAAAUUAUCUGCGCUGUUUGCUUUAGCCAGUCGUUUUGGUCAUAUUCGUGAACAUCUUGUACUCAAGAAUAAGGCUUUUCUGGAGCUAAUGACGCAUGAAGAAGCUCUUGCAAUGACUAAUUAUUACCAGAAUAAGCCUGCCACUCUUCAUGGGAGAGACGUAAAGAUUUACCUGUCCAAGGAGCUGCUGGUGAUCGAGAAAAACGAAAGACCAGAUCGAGAGACCCGAAAUCGAGAUACAGGUCCAGUGGUCUUCUUUUCCAAUUUGCCAAGAGAGACCGAGAAGAAAGCGGAGUUGCUGACAAUAGCCCGUAGAUUUGGCACCGUCGUUAAUCAUCUGUUUUUGAAUGAUCAGGCAUUUGUGCAAAUGAGCAACUCUGAGGAUGCAGAGAUGUUAGUCAAGUACUACACUAUCCAUCCACUGACCAUUAGUCGUAGGACCAUCCAUAUGAACAUCUGCACCAAGUACAAGACCUUAACGGUCAGACCUGGUAAAGGAGAACAGUUAAAAGGGGAUAUGGAGGAAUCUGGUCAGAAAAACAGCAGCAGUAGAACAACUUCCAGAAGCUCAUCCAAGACUCAGAGAAGUUCGAGCUCCAGAGCCAAAGAGAGCUCGUCCGAGAAGGCACAGGAGUCAAAGACUAAGGAGGGGGAUGAGGAGGUCCGGGCUGAAGCAGGCUCUGGUGAUGAAGUCCAAGGUGUUGUGGAGGCUCAUGAUGAUGAGGAAGAGACUCUUGGUGAAGACUUGGUGACCGAGGAAUCUGUAAAAGCCCAGCCAGAUCAAGAAGCUGCGAUGGAGACGGAAGAUUCGGCUGUGGAGCCAGAAGAAGAAGAGACAAAGGGAACGGAGCAUGAUGGAGCGAACGCAGAGAUUCCAGCAGAGGAAGAAGCAAAUGAAACAAAGCAGCAGACAGAGCAAAUAGCUGAGCAGGAGGAAGAUCAGGAGCAGGACGACAACACAGAACUCAAAGAAACAGAUGGACAGGAUGAUAUGGAGCAGAACGAGGCCAUGGCAGAUGAUUCUGUCGACCAGGACGCACCUGAAGAAUCCGAUUUUCCCGAAGACAUGGAUGAGUUUGUUACUCUGGAUGAACUGGCAGAGGAGGAAGAAGCUGAACGGCAUGACUCAAGAUCUAGAGACAAAGGCUCUUCAGGUAAAUCCAGGGACAGCGGAGGCUUGAGAGUUGUUAAUGUGGUUGGAUUUAAACGCAACUAUGGCUAUCUGGAUGAGAUUUUGGCUCUUGCAAAGCCAUUUGGGAAAGUUGUACGCCACUUGGUUCUGCAUUCCAGGCCCGAGGCCUUUUUGGAAUUUAGCAGUGAGCAAGAAGCCAGAUCAAUGGUUCAUUUCUACAACGGAAAUGUCAUCCCAUCCGUGUGUGGAAAAACUGUCAAAAUUUACCAUUCAAUGACCUACGCCACCAUCCAGAGUGGCAAGGUCGUCUAUAUCGGACACAUCCCUGCAUUUAAAUCAUCAGAUGCGUCUUUUCUGAAGGUUGCAGAGCCUUUCGGGAAAAUACGACGUUACUAUUUGAAUCGGUCACGUUCUGAGUGCUUCAUUGAAAUGGAGAGGGGUGAGGAUGCAGAAAAAUUUGUGGAGUCCGCUCGACUGAAUCCGCUCAAAUUCGAAGGCAAACGUUUGCUUGUCUACAUCAGCAGGAAGUACAAACAACUUAAACAUGGACACAGACCCCCGACCUUGGAAGACAAACGGCCAGCCAAGAGGGAGCACUCUGAGGAGAAAGAGGAAAGUCAGAGCAGUUCCUCUGCAAAAACUACAACUGUGAAGGAAGAGGAGCCCCCAUCCAAAAAAUCUAAAGAGGAGAAGCCUAGUGAGGAGAAUACUCAGAGUGCACAACAGGAGAUUGAGGAGGAGAAAAGGGAAGUGGAGGUCAAAACUGAGUCUUGUGAGAAUGAAGUUGAUGUGGACAACGAGCACACAGAGGAACAAAACAAGGAUGCGUCAGAAAGUCCGAAUGUGGAGCUAAAACCACUGCAGAAGGUUGAAAGCGACAUCGAUGUUGCUCCUACUGAGUCGUCAUCUGUUGCAUUCUCUGCUGUGUCUGAGAAGAGCCAAGAGCUGCCUGAAACUCCCACGCCUCCAGCCGAGUCUGUGAAAAAGCCUGAAACUACCGUGGAUGCUCUCGGGCCGUAUGAGCCAAAUGUCCCAGUGGGUGUGGAGUUUGUGAAGAUGGGCUACUACUGCAGAGUGUGCUUUCUAUUUUACUCCAACGAAGACACUGCUAAAAAGGUUCACUGCAGCAGCCAGGCACAUUACGAGAAACUCAAGAAACACUUGGAAAAGGAGAAGGCUAAAGCACAGAGUAAUCCUGAGAAGAAAUGAAUCUUAAGGAGUGUAAUUGAUAUUGUACAGUGUUAGGUUGUGCAUGAACUUUAGUUUGCUUAGUCUCUCCAUUUGGAGGAUUGAUUUUAGUAUAAUUUUAGGUUGAUCCCAUCAUUAACUUUUUUUUAUAUAUAUAUGUAUACACGUCUGUUAAAAACAUUGCCCUAUUCCCAAUAGAAGAACAGAGCCCUUUUAUGGCUGUUUACCCUGUUUCUUUUGAUUAGGUUACAUCUCUGUUAAAAUAAUAAUAAUAAAAAAAAACAUUCCUCACAAUGAAUGUUUAUUGGUUGUAAUGA